GAUGCAUUCAUUGUUACAGAGUCAAAGAUGGAGGUUGUGGCAUCAUCCACUGCUGAUGCAGAACCGGAGAGCGUUUCUGAAAAGCACCUGGAUGCUGCUGAUAAAACCCCAACUGGGAAAUUAGACUGUGGUGAAAUAGAGUCCUGUGAUGGUGAAGUGGAAGAAGCAAAGGAGAAAACAAACACUGAUGCAGAGCCGGUUCCAGCUGAAGCAUCAGCUGAGGCGUCUAACGAGGAGAAACGCUUCAUCUCUACCUCUUCAGACGCUGAGGGAACAUCUGAACCCACUCAGGGCGCGUCUGACCCGGUUGAUUCCUCUCAGUCUAAGACUCGGCCACAGAUCUCUGAUCAGGUUGAGGUUUCUGACUCUGUGUGCGAGCAGGAGGAAGAGGAGGAUCAACAUGGUGGUGAUGAGGAGGAGCAGGAACCACAGGUUGUCAUUAACUCCCCUAAGGUCCUAAAGGAACCGUCUGCAUCUGAACAAAUCAAUGCUGUUCAAGAAGCCACAGUUUGCUCCUCUCAGGAGUCAAAUGCAGCCAAGCUCCAGGAGGAAGAGGAGGACGAAGAGGAGGAGAAGGAAGAGGAGGAGAAGGAAGAGGAGGAAAAGGAAGAGGAGGACACGGCUGCAGAGGGAUCCCCUUCCACUGAGUUUGUCUCCUUUGACCUGACGGCUGAGGAACGCUCCAAUGAGAUGGCAGAGAGGGAGGCCCCGCCCCCUGCAGAUGCAGACUUUGAAAAAUCACAAGAAAAGAGAUCUGAGUGGGUGGAGGUGGAGGAAGAGGACUCUCGGUCUGACAUGAAGCCAGAAGACGAGUCAACGACCUUAGUGUCUAUAAAGGACCAAGGUGAUGCUGCUGAUCACCCAGAAAAAGAUGCAGAAGUUGGCCACAUUAUCCUGACUGAUGACCAGGAAGCAGCCAAGCAGGAGGCUGCAGAGCUCUUUGGAGACUCCAUCACUCCCAGGAAGAAAAAAAAGAAGUCCAAAAAGAGUUCUGCCGAGACUCCGCUGGUUGACAUCGAAGAUGCAGCGAGUGCUGAUGUCAUCGUUAUAGACCCACUCGAUGAUACUCCUCUGACAAGCAGGUCAAAAAAGAAGAAAAGGAAGAACAAGAAGAGGGAGAGGAAUUUAAAUGGAGAAGAGGAUGAGAAGAAAGAGGUGUCAGAAGAGUCUCCAGUAGCUACACCAAGGAAGAAAGAAAAGAAGACAGAAUAUAUGGAGGAGGCAGCAGAUGGUGGCUUCUCAUCAGAAAACAAACGGAAAAAGAAGAAGAAGAAGAAGCUUGAAGAUAUGAUGGAGGAUCAGACUGAGGAGAGAGGAAUAGAUCAGGAGAAUUCUGUGAAUUUGGCAGAGAAAACACAGAAAAGAAAGAAGAGAAAAAGGGAGGAGCUGCAGUUUCAAGAAGAACCAGCAGAGGGCGAGAUUGAGACCAACGCUAUGGCUGGCAGCAACUUGCCUCUGCUGAUCUCUGCAAAGAAGAAGAAACGUCUCAGAAAGAUGCUUAGCCAGAAGAGGAGGUUAAAACAUGAGCAGAGGGGGAUGAUGAUGAAGGCACAGAGUACCGGCCUCUGGAUGGGAAGAAAAAAACAGAAGCAGGAAGAAACUGACAAGUUAUCUCAAACAAGGAUGGGAAUAAACAAAGAGCAAGAAGAGAGUUCAUCAAAGGAAAACCAGCCUCCCAGGAAGAAGAAAAAGGGAUCAGUAAUAAGCAUCCAGGAUGCUCCUGUUGAAGAAGAAACUACAGUUUCAAAGAAAAAGAAGAAAAUAAAGAAAGAAGAGCUCUCACCUCCUGCUGAUGUGACAGAACCUCCACCUGCAAAGAAAAAGAAGAAGGACAGGAAGAAGAAAAAACUGGAGGAUACAGAACCUGCUGCACAUGCAGAUGCAGCUUCUGCUGUUCCUAAGGUAAGAAACGGCGAAUGUGAGCGGAGCGCCACGCAGUUUCCGAACAUUCGCUCUACCGCUGAAAGUUGUGCCAGGACGCUCCGCGCUCACCCUAAUUUUCCUGCUCCUACAGCAUUUCUGACAGUUUUUCUUCAUGUAAUGAUGCCAGGGCCCUGAGACACACGGCGUUUGAUUAUGUGACCGAUACAUGAGUAUUGUCUUAUUUAAGUGGCUGUUAAAUUAUCGCACUGUUUCCCACCUGUGAACGUAACACCUCGCUCCAUUCAUGUUGCCCCGCGUUUCUUAUUUAAUUGUUCAUUAAU